GCCUUCUAAAGGCCAAGCGCGCAUGCGCCCGCCUUUCCGCGCGGAGUGGGGAAAGCGGGACGGUUGAGCGGCUCCAGUCCGAGGGUUUGGCCCCGAUCCCCGGCGGCGUCGUGGUCGUGGUCGAGCCCCGCCUGCCGCCUGUAUGGACGGGAGGCGGGUGGCGCCGUCCCCAAGCAAAGCUCCUUUAAAAAAAAAAAAAGCCCUAAAUUAUCUUCCCACGCGUUCCUGUGGUUAAGAUCGUAGGGAAGCCCUCAUUAUACCCAUGGCUGAGAAGCAUCCAGGCAACAGCUUUUCUCCAGAGAGAAGACCAGUCUUGAUGUCAUCAAGUUCCUCUUCUACUGAGCUGUCCACCACUGGAUCUUCUGACCUGCAACCCUUUUCUCCGGGCCGUGCAUUGUCAUCGAACAGCCUUUCCUCCUACACGGUGCCCGUGCGUCUAGAUGUCCUUUACUUUUUGCUCAACAGUGCUGCCAAGGGGGCCCAGAAUGCCCUGCCUUCACUGCCUGUCCACGGGGGACAAGUAUCUUUGUCCACAUGCCAUGCUCCAGCUGCUCUUCAGGCACGGCCAAGCUGCUGCAACUGCUGCCACGCCAUCAGCCAUGAGGUGCCAGGUUGUGUGAGCACCCAACAUCAAACUGGGUCCUGCCAUUUUGGACCAGCCCAGGCAAGUUACAGUGGACAAGGAGGAUUGAACGCUGGAGUCCCAGGAAGACAGAAUGAUGGAAAUCGUUGGCUCCAGACCAACCAACAAAGCAAUGGGAAAAGCUGGUCUGGCUGGAACAGAGAUCAGUCCAUGACGGGCUGGAAGGAGAAUCCACGAAGGGGAGGAGGAGGAGGAGGAGGACAAGGACAUGGCAGUGGAAACAGCUGGCCAGGGAGGCAGAAUAACAGUGGAAGAUCUUGGGGGGACAGAAGACAAGACACGGCAGAUUCUGUUCCUUGGAGGUCAGGAUCACAGGUUUGGAGGAGAGAAGGGUCGCCCUUUGGCUCAAACACACAAAAAGGCAGCAGUCAAAGGAACCAAGAGGGGAUCCGUCGCCAGAUGGUGUGGGACAUCCCAGAAGCCAAACGACGUUCGGACGGUGCUGAAAAGGGAUGGCAGAAAAGCCAAGGGAAGCAAGAGCCAGUGUUGGGUAAGAGAGCAGAUGCUGGUCCAGCCAAACAAGUGGCUCAGGACAGUGGAGAAGACUGGGAUGUGGAUUACGAGAGCAAACCAGCAGCCUCUGCUACUGCUCCAGGGAGUGCUUCCCAGCAAACGGGCACUUCCAAAGAAUGCAAAAAUUCGAGGGAUGAAUGUACUUCAUCCACAGAGCCACCUAAGUUGGGGCCGUUGAGGUCUCCUCCUCCUCCUCUUCCAUCCCCUCCUCCUCCACCACCACCACCACCACCACCUCCACCUCCUGCUCCAGAAAUGGCCUUCAAAGACCAAGGAUCUGCGGCUGCAGAACCAGAACCUGGUGGGUCUCACACGGAGAAGGCCAAGAAUAGUGGGUUUCUUGCCUACUUCAAUAACCUCUAUUCUGACCGGCAAGGGAAAUCCAGUUCCGAAGGCUCCACAGACCUGACCAUUGACACAGAUGUGGAGUCAUCCAAGCCCAGUGAGGAAGAGCAGUCACCCAAGAGUGGGGUCGAAGCUGUCUAAGUAGCUCAUGGAUAGAACGGUACCAUCAUACAGUACUUCCUUUUAACUGGGUUGCAGCUGUAUCUGCCAUCUUGCCUGUGGCGUGACGAAAAUGUUGGUUGUGUUUGAAAGAGAAGAAAAGAGUUCUACGAAGCCUCCGUUGGUUCCAGAUAGUUGAUGUUGAAGUUGGCCUCUUGGGGCUGUUAAUUUUAGCGGAAGUCUUUCCCUUGAUAAAGAUGGG